AUGGUGUCGGAAUCGGAAGCGGCAUUCGCCUAUCACGAACCUUCAAUCAAAACAGUCCUCAACUACACCGGCUUUCUUUUGACACUGAAUAUAGUCAAUACCUGCCUGGACAAGCUCCUCUACUGUGGUUUAAUCGGCCAACUCUUCAUCGGUGUCCUGUGGGGCACACCCGGGGCACAAUGGUUCGGCCAAGAGACAGAAAGAGUGAUCCAGCAGCUUGGGUAUUUAGGCCUGAUACUCCUGAUUUACGAAGGCGGUUUGUCAACCUCAAUCAAAUCCUUAAAGGCAAACAUCCUUCUUUCGACAGCCGUUGCCAUCACUGGAAUCUGUGCGCCAAUGGGCUUGUCAUUCAUUCUUAAGGAACUUGUGUCAGCGACAUCUCUUCAAUCCUUCGCUGCCGGUGCAGCCUUAAGCGCAACCAGUCUUGGCACCACCUUCACCAUUCUCUCGACCACGCAGUUGACAACUACGAGGCUCGGCACAGUCACCACUAGUGCUGCAAUGCUAGAUGAUGUCGUCGGUCUAGUCAUGGUUCAAAUUAUUUCCAACCUUGGCGGAAGUGCCGCCUCGUUCAGCGCUACGACUGUCAUUCGACCUGUUUUUGUUUCAAUCGGGUUCGCUGUUGGUCUACUAUUGCUGUGUGCAUUCUGUUUACAGCCAGGAUUGAAGAAAUUGCUUGAUUGCAAAGACAAGUUCCCAGCCUUUAUGGGGACCGCACAAUUUGCUUUCCUUGCACAGACAUGUGUUUUAGUUGGGAUAGUGGCUGGUGCAACGUAUUCUGGAACUUCGAGUCUCUUUGCUGCCUACCUUGCUGGUGUGAUUGUCUCUUGGUUUGAUGGGCUGGUAGCUGAAGCCAAAAUACCAAUUCCUGUCUUUCAGUCUGAGGACUCCCAAGAACCGACUCCCAACCACCAAGGAAGCACGCAGAAUAGCAAGAACUGGCAAGCCGAAAAGACACCUUCGCGUGUGCAACCUCAGGAAACAGAAAUACCCCAUGAUGAUACACCUACAGGCGAACUCAUCUACAGCCAAUAUUAUAAAGAGCCGGUGAACCGGAUCCUUCUCCCUCUUUUCUUUGCAUCCAUCGGAUUUGCAAUCCCCAUAACCAAAAUGUUCUCAGGUCAGGUUGUAUGGCGUGGGAUUAUCUACGCCAUGCUAAUGGCGAUUGGAAAAAUGAUCACAGGCCUAUGGCUCGUUCGAUUCUCUCCGAGCCCUGUGUCGGGUCUAGUCUCUACCGCCAAGAAACUAUUUUCAUACACUCAUUCCUACUGUGCGAGUUCCCAGACCGUCAGCAAAACGUCGAACCAAAACAAGAAAGCCCCACAAAGACCGGCGACUCGAGAUGAUAGUGUGGAUGUUCCAACUCCGGAUAAUGUCAAAGAUGAGUCUCAGUCAAUGAGCAGAUCUCCUGUACCCACUUUCCGCCCUGAUUCCCGCAUAUCCCUUCCCCCCAAACCAAAGUCCCUGUACCCGUCUUCUAUCCUGGGAUUGGCAAUGGUUGCCCGAGGCGAAGUGGGGUACCUCAUUGCUUCAAUUGCCGAAAGCCAGGGAAUAUUCUCCAACGAAUCUUCCGAAGGUCCAUCUGAGAUCUAUCUAGUGGUCAUCUGGGCAAUCUCGCUCUGCACAUUGAUCGGUCCGAUCUUAGUUGGAACUCUAGUCAGACGUGUAAAGAAGCUGCAACAGUCAAGGGUGGAUAUGGGGUCUGAUCCUUUGGGAGUUUGGGGCAUUUAA